CCCCCUACGCAGACAGCCCACUCCACUUUUCAGACGCCCACCUCCUACAUACACCCCUCCCCUAAACAGACUUCCACCCACUCACCAUCUGUAGCCUCCCUUCCGACCCCCGCUCCGCCCGCCAGGCUUCCCCUCCCCAAGAAGCGGACCCUCACAGUGGGAGGCGGGGACCCCGGCCAGACGCUAGGCUGCUGAGCGCCGUACUGACCUCUGCCCGCCCGGGAAACUAACAAAGGCGGCGCGCAAGUCCAGACGCGAGAGUGCCGAGCGGCGGCCGCGGGGCGGACGAGCCUGGGCCGGGCGGUUGAGCGCCGGUAGGUGGCUGCUCCGGAGUCAGGAGGCGGCGGCGCCGGAAGACGUGGAUCUCUGGCCGCGUGCGCGCCGUUCGGUUGCAGCCGGCACCAUGGGCUGCUGUACCGGACGCUGCUCGCUCAACUGCCUCUGCGUGCUGCAGCUGGAAAACAGCUCCUGAAACUUCGAGCAUCAUCCUGAGAUUGGGAGAAGGAAGGCAAGGAGACCGCGGUAGCCUCUUAGGAGCGGCGAACAGUUGGGACCCGCCAACAUGGACCUGGCGGGGGUCCCGCCUCUGCUACCCAGUCCCAGCAGAGCGGCGGCGGGGCUACCACCGCAGCCAAUGAGCGCGGGCGGGCCGGGCGGCGGCUGUCUGGUUGCCCAGGCGACUAACGCACGGCCCCGCCCCCCGGAGCCGAACCUCCGGCAGGCAGCUGAGUGCUGGUUGGACUUAGACCAGGGUCCCUGCGAGCUUUCCUAACGCGCGAUGACCACGUGGAGAAUCCUGCGGAGGCCCUGCCGCGCCUUCGGACUCCUGCUGCUGGUGAUCUUGAGUGUCCUAGUACUCCGCAGGUUGGGCUGGCGCAGCCUGAUCUCUCCCUGGCUCAGGCACCGGCGGGUUGGGUUGCACACCAAUGGCCAGAACUUUAUGCUGGAGGACUCUACCUUCUGGAUCUUUGGAGGCUCCGUGCACUAUUUCCGUGUGCCCAAGGCAUACUGGUGGGACCGCUUGCUGAAGAUGAAAGCCUGUGGCUUGAACACCCUCACCACCUAUGUUCCGUGGAACCUUCAUGAGCCACAAAGAGGCAAAUUUGACUUCUCUGGGAACUUGGAUCUGGAGGCCUUUGUCCUGAUGGCUGCGGAGAUCGGGCUGUGGGUGAUUCUGCGUCCAGGCCCCUACAUCUGCAGUGAGAUUGACCUCGGGGGCUUGCCCAGCUGGCUACUCCAAGACUCUGACAUGAGGCUAAGAACAACUUACAAGGGCUUCACCGAAGCAGUGGACCUUUAUUUUGAUCACCUGAUGUCCAGGGUGGUGCCCCUCCAGUACAAGCACGGAGGACCCAUCAUUGCUGUGCAGGUGGAGAAUGAAUACGGUUCUUAUAACAAAGACCCUGCCUAUAUGCCUUACAUCAAGAAAGCCUUGGAAGACCGAGGGAUUGUGGAGCUGCUCUUGACCUCAGACAACAAGGAUGGCCUGAGCAAGGGGGUCAUCCAUGGAGUGCUGGCUACCAUAAACUUACAGUCGCAACACGAGCUACAGUUAUUAACCACCUUUCUCUCCAGUGUCCAGAGGGUUCAACCCAAGAUGGUGAUGGAGUACUGGACGGGGUGGUUUGACUCCUGGGGAGGCCCACACAACAUCCUGGAUUCUUCUGAGGUUUUACAAACAGUGUCUGCCAUCAUCGAUGCUGGCUCUUCCAUCAACCUCUACAUGUUCCAUGGAGGCACCAACUUUGGCUUCAUAAAUGGGGCCAUGCAUUUUCAUGAAUAUAAGUCUGAUGUCACCAGCUAUGACUAUGACGCGGUUCUGACAGAGGCCGGGGAUUACACAGACAAAUACAACAAACUCCGGGAAUUCUUUGGCUCCAUCUCAGGUGGUCCUCUUCCUCCCCCACCUGGCCUUCUUCCCAAGACUGUGUAUGAGCCAGUGAGGCCAACUUUAUACCUGUCACUAUGGGAUGCGCUCCAGUACAUGGAGGAGCCCUGUCCUGUCUGUCUUUUCUAUAUACAGCCAGUCAAUUCUGAAAAGCCUGUCAAUAUGGAGAACCUGCCAAUAAACAAUGGAAACGGCCAGUCCUUUGGGUACAUUCUGUAUGAGACCACCAUUGACUCAUCUGGUGUCCUCAGUGGCCUUGUGCGUGACCGGGGACAGGUAUUUGUGAACACAGUAUCUGUAGGAUUCUUGGACUAUAAAAGGAGGAAGAUCUCUAUCCCCUUGAUCCAGGGUUACACCAUACUGAGGAUCUUGGUGGAGAAUUGUGGGCGAGUCAACUACGGGGAUAAUAUCGAUGACCAGCGCAAAGCUCCUCAGCAGGCCAUGAGGCUGAUUGCAGUGAGAUGGGUCAUGGAGGCCCAUUGGAGGGAGGUGGAGUCACAGAAGCCCAUUGGAGGGAGGCGGGACAUGGAGAACCAUUGUAGUGAGCUGGGGUCAUGGAUGCCUCUUACAGUAAGGUGGGUCAUGAAGGCCCUUUGCAGUGAGGUGGGUUGCAGAGCCCCAUUGGAGUCAUGUGGGUUAUGGAGGUCCAUUGCAGUGAGGUGGGUAUUGGAAGCUCAUUGGAGGGAGGUGGGUCAUGGAGGCCCACAGAGGGAGGUGGAAUCAUGGAGGCUCACUGGAGGUGGGUCAUGGAGACUUAUUGGAGUGAGGUGCUGUUAUGAAGGCCCAUUGGAGGGAGGUAGAAGUGGGUCUGAAAAGCCCACCUGGGAUCAGACCUCUUACAUGUUAGCACUCCUGUGUGUGUUCUCCACGUGCCCAUGGUGAAUACACAGCAGACACUGAUCCUGCCUCUGCAGAUCUCCCUGGGUUGCAGUCUGCUUUAGCAAGGCGCUGCCUGUGCAGGUGUGUGUGUGUGUGUGUGCCUGAGAGGCAAGCAAGAGGAUUCCCAGAAAUCCAAAAAAAGGCAUAGGACUCCUGCCUUCUUGGGUUUCCACCUUGAAUUUCUUUUCUUGAUUAACCUUGGAAACCCACUGAUGAUCUCAUGUGUGGUGGAGAGGAGAAGGCAGGACACACAGGUAAAUGAAAUCCUUUUGAUGACAUGUCUCUCUAGGAAUAUUCCACCAAUUCAUUUUAUUUUCCCUGGCUUUCUAAACCAUCUCUGCUUCAAUUGGCCUCUUCCUUCCUAUCUAUUAAAGUGUGGGUGGUUUCAUGUAAGUUAUAAAAUAAGAACUCAAGACAAAAUAAGUCCUACUGUGGUGAGGGAGACUGGUGACCUCCCAACUCUCUCAGGAGUGCCUCUGUAAUGAGGAAAUGUGUGUAUCCCUUCCUGCCUGGCAAGGAAGCCUUGUGGUCCGGCCAUUGGGGGUAUCCUGGAACCUGAGGAUCAGCCCUCUCCAGAAGGGUCUCAAAGUAGCUUCUAUCACUGUCCAGGCCUACCUUCCCUUUUCCCUAAACAGUCCUCUAGCAUUCCUCUUUGGGUCUCAGUUUCUUACCCCAAGGAGCUCCUUCUCCAGGCUGGUCUUCAUUUCCUUUGUAGGAUGGGACUGACAGCCUGACCCUUUUCUAGUCUUUGCCUCUCCAGGGCCCUGGUCCAGGUGUGCCCUGGAUGGAUUCUCACCGUGGAGUUCCCAUCCUCUGCAACAGUUCAGUGUUUAUAAGUCAUAGACCUCCUUUCCAGAAAUGUGUAUGUUCCCUCACACACCAGGACCUGCAAUUUCAGAGAGCCUGUAGGCCACAUGAAGCCUGUUCUCAUUCCCUGGCCUAUUCAGAUUCCCACUCUAGCAAAUCAGCAGCUCCAUGGUCGAGAGGACCUUGGGGCUGCUCUGGGACAAACAGAGUUGACCCCUUCCCUAAGGCACUAAUUAAUCACUAUUCAAGUGUUGUAGUUCCCCAGAGCUGUACAUCCAAGUCAUAUUGCCAUCUGUUUACAAUUUAAAUACUUAAAAAAAAAUCUGUCUUUAAUUCUAGGUCAUGUAGAAGAUUUCUGGCCAAGUUAUUAGGUCUGUUUAGUCUGGGAGCCCACCAAACUGACCUUGAAGCUAGGCUUAGAACCACUGUGACCUCUUGGUCUUCUGCCAUUUUGGCCUCACUUUAUUGUAUUGGGAUUCUCAGUCCCCAAAAGGGAGCUUCUUCCUCAGACAGAGGCCAGAGACUGUUCAUGCCCUUGACAUUCUCAGCUCUGUCAUUGCCCUGAUGUAUUUUUUCCAUGCAAAUCCUAGGGCCUGACAAAUACUGGUAUUACUCAUUCUCAUCCCCUUUGGGAUUUAUAGGGAAGGUUUCAUGGCAUGUGAUGAGCCCCUUAGGGAGUAUAAACUUCAGGAGAAAUCCUCACUUGAACUUUUCAGAAACUUUCCAUGUAUGUGCCUGGCCACAGCAGGUCAGUUGUCCCCUUACCUUUGGCCUUGUUCAUGUUUCCUUGUCUCCUUCCCACAGGUUUGAUUGGAAAUAUCUAUCUGAAUAAUUCUCCCCUGAAAAACUUCAGAAUCUAUAGCCUGGAUAUGAAAGAGAGCUUCUUUCAGAGGU